GUGGAAAAGAUCCGGUUGAAGGGUCUGGAAUCUGCCGUCGUUUGUACCGUUUUGGAAGGCAAAAUCCUCGUCCGACAUUACAAGAGAACGAAUCUCGCCUCGGAGGAACUGUACAAAACCGCGUGUCGCAAACCCAAGCUGCUCAAGGGCAAGAAGAAGAAGAAUGUCUCCAAGGAUAAACUGGGAUCAACUCUGGGUCGUGUCCACAUGACUCGGCAGGACCUGGACGAAUUGCAAACGCGAAAGAUGAAGGCUUUGAAGAGGAAAUCCGAUCCGAAGAGUAAAGAAAAGAAGAGUGGGAAAAGAUCGAAACCGAGUGAAGAGCAGGCAAUGGAAACUGACAAAAGAAGAAGAAAUAUGCACUGCGUUGAAGGCGCUAUGUCACUUGUCCUAAUGAUGCUUGUCCUACUUGCAUCCGACUAUGGAGUUGUUGCGCAGGAAUCAAGUACAUCAGCUGCUCCAAGCUGUGACUCACCACCGUCGCCCGCUGACGUGGACGCCAUGACAUCCCUGGUGAUGGUGCGCAAGGCAGAGAAAAGUGACAACAUGGUCGUUCAAAUCAACCGGACAUUCGCCUUCUACAUGUGCGAGGGGCCAGGCUUUGUGUUCAAC